AUGGAGGUGGUCUUGGAUGUCAGUGAGAAUAGUGAAGAAGUUGGAGCCUUUGUGACAUAUGUGGAAUCUCAAGAGGGUUCUGGAAGACAUUCUCUGUGGAUGUUGGCGACAUACAUUACAGGAGAGACACCCUUUCCAGAAUUCACUGCUGUACUGAUGCUGGAUGAUGUUCAAGUUGGUUACUUUGACUCUAACAUCAACAAAUUAGUUCAAUCCAGGCAUACAGCAAACACAAUUCGCAAUGACAUCGCUCAGGAGGGAGUUUAUGUUUUAAAUAACAUGUACAUUAGCAUGAAAAGACGAUUGAGUAUUGUAAAACAGCGCUUUAAUUUGACUACAGGUGUCCAUGUCCAGCAGAGAAAAGCAGGUUGUGAAAUGUUGGACGAUGGAGAAUCAGCCCAGAUGAUGUUCAGGGAUGCUUGUGAUGGAGUUGAAGCUGAUGGAUUGGUUUACAACAUGACAGAGUAUUCAUACUCAACUGGAAAUCCUUGGCAGUUGCAAUGGGAUCAAAUGAAGCUUAUUUAUGUCAAAAUGCGCUAUUCAACCUUUUAUCUCCCUGUUUGCAUUAAAAAAUUAAAGUAUUUCUUAGAAAGAAAAAAGAAAGUAGUGCUUCGUAGGGUGCGUCCCAGAGUCAGGUUCAUAGAGAAGGCAGUCCCAGGAGGGGCUCAGGUGAGCUGCCUGGCCACUGACUUCUACCCCCGAUACAUCAACCUGACCCUGCUGAGGGACGGCCAGCCUGUGGCAGAGCAGGAGCUCACAGGGGGGGCAGUGCUGCCCAACAUGAAUGGACUGUACCAAGUCAGGAAGACCCUGGACAUCACCUCCAAGGAGCUGAGAGAGAGACACAACUACACAUGCACCGCUUCUCACCUCAGUCUGGACAACAGGCUUGACAUCAGCUGGCAACCUAAGAACUCACACAAACAUUCCAUAUCCAUGCUCCUGGGUGUCUUGGUAAUCAUAGCCAUUUUGAUUUUUGGGGGGAUUGUUUCCGGCCUCUUCCUAUGUGUGAGGAGGGUAAGGAGACGUACUGACUCCAGGACAACUCUGCAGCAGCCGGCUAGUAUUGAUCAAGAGAAUAUGCAACUGAAUCCAUUACCUCUCUCUGACAGCUGAUAUUAGCUUUCUUCCUCUUGUUGGUAUUACUGAUGGCAAAACAAUUAACCUGUAACCACCCCAGAUAACUUUGCAUUUUAGAGUACAUUCAAUACAUUCAAGAGGAUGUUGUUUCAUUUGUUAUCGCUUGUUUAAGUCUAUUCUUAUAUCAUUUUCUCUUUCUUUUUUUUCUGUUAAUGAGCUCAUGUAAUCUCAGAUGACAUCUGAGAGUUGAUGAAUUGAGGAUUUAAUGUUUUUUGUUAUAUAUCCAUUGUUAUGUUAUGAAUCUCUUCCAAUGAGUCAUUGCUCAGGAAGUGACUUCUCACCCUAUACAAAAACAUGAACAAGGGAUUCAGGGCCCAGCUCUCUGACAGUCUCCUCAUAAAACAUUGAUGAUCAAAAAACUGAAUCCAUCCUUUUGUUCUGACACCUGGUAUAUGUAUUUUCUUGUUGAUACAUUCUAAUAGAUAUUGACAAAACCAUUUGUUGUACCACAUCAACAAUAAAAAUGUAACUUAUU